GUAGUUUAGCGUUAAGAUCAAAGUACCAAACUGCAACUAGUAGCAUGAAAUUAUAUAUUAUAUGCAUUUGAUUGUAAUGGUUUUGAAGUAUGUUUUACAUUACGCUCGGUGUUAUUUUAAGGUCAAGGAUAUGAGUUCCACAGAAAUUUUAUUUACUCAAUAAUUUACAAUUUUUUUUUUUUAUUUUGAACGUUGAUAUUAUUUUGAAAAUGGGUAACCGAUCAUCGUUGCUUUUGCGAAAAGAAGAAAUUGCUCAAAUUAGAAAUGAAACUGGAUUCACUGCAAAUCAAAUAGAACGUCUUUACAGUAGGUUUACCAGUUUGGAUAGAGGCGAUUUGGGUACGCUCAGUAGGGAAGAUUUACUGCGUAUUCCAGAGUUGGCAAUAAAUCCUUUAGGUGAAAGAAUCGUUGAUUUAUUCCACGCAGACUUUGGGAAUAAUUGUGAUCGUAUUAAUUUCUUACAAUUCAUGAGAGGGCUGUCUAAAUUUAGACCAAUUCGACCGAAUAAACCAAACAAACAAAACAAUAGAAUGGAGAAAGUAAAAUUUGCUUUUGAUAUGUAUGAUGUUGAUAAUGAUGGAAUGAUAUCAAAGGAUGAACUUUUGGUUAUUUUACAUAUGAUGGUUGGUGCCAACAUAAGUGAAGAACAGUUGUCUAUAAUAGCGGAUAAGACAAUUUCUGAGGCAGACGUAGAUGAAGAUGGUUUAAUUUCAUUUGAUGAAUUUAGUAAAACAUUUGAAAAGUCUGAUAUUGAACAUAAAAUGUCAAUUAGAUUUUUAAACUAAUCAAACAUGCCUAUUAUCAACAGAUCAUUCCGCUCAUAUUAUUAUGUUCUUUUAAUUUUUUUAAUUGUUCUAGGUACACAGCAUUAAUUUUAAUAAUUAGAGAGAACUUAAUAUUUCAAUCCAAAGACCAAUAUUUUAAUAAUUUUUAUUCUUUUAUUACUAAUAGAGUAGAUUUAUGCAAAAAAAUUUUGAAUAUAAUAUAAUAUUUUAAUAUAAUAUAUAAUUUUUAUAAUUUACAAA